AUGUCAGGGAUCUCGGCCGGGAAGCGGCUGUCGGAGGCUGGGAUAACGGACCUGGUGAUCCUGGAGGCGACGGACCACGUCGGCGGGAGGAUGCACAAGCGAGACCUCGGCGGCAUCAAGGUGGAGAUGGGCGCCAACUGGGUGGAGGGCGUCAACGGCGGCAAAAUGAACCCCAUCUGGCCCAUCGUCAACUCCACGCUCAAGCUCACCAACUUCCGCUCCGACUUCGACGACCUCGCCAGCAACGUCUACAAGGAGAAGGGAGGUGUCUACAAGAAAGCGUACGUGCAAAAGAGAAUUGACCGGUCAGACGAGGUGAAAGAGGAUGGUGACAAACUGUCCGCCAAACUGCAUCCCAGCGGCCAGGACGACAUGUCAAUCCUCGCCAUGCAACGCCUCAACGACCACCUUCCCAACGGGCCGUCCUCGCCAGUGGACAUGAUCCUGGACUACUUCAAGUACGACUACGAGUUCGCAGAGCCGCCGCGCGUGACCAGCCUCCAGAACACCGUCCCUCUCGCCACCUUCAGCGACUUCGGCGACGACGUCUACUUCGUCGCCGACCAGCGUGGCUACGAGGCCGUCGUGUACUACCUUGCCGGACAAUACCUCAAGGCCGACAAGGCCGGCAACAUCGUCGAUCCUCGCCUGCAGCUCAACAAGGUGGUGCGAGAGAUCUCCUACUCCACGAGAGGCGUCGAAGUGAAGACUGAGGACAACAAGGUGUACAAGGCGGACUAUGUCAUGGUUUCAACCAGCUUGGGGGUCCUGCAAUCAGAUCUCAUACAGUUUAAGCCACAACUUCCUACAUGGAAGGUUCUGUCGAUCUACCAAAUCGACAUGGCCGUCUACACCAAAAUCUUCGUCAAGUUCCCCAAGAAGUUCUGGCCGGAAGGUAAAGGUAGGGAGUUCUUCCUCUACGCGAGCAGCAGGAGAGGCUACUAUGGAGUAUGGCAGGAGUUUGAGGCGCAGUACCCAGACGCCAAUGUCCUCUUGGUCACCGUCACGGACGAGGAGUCGAGGCGGAUCGAGCAACAGUCAGACAACCAGACCAAGGUAGAGAUCAUGGAGGUGCUGAGGAGCAUGUUCCCCGGUGAGGAUGUCCCCGACGCGACGGACAUCCUCGUGCCACGAUGGUGGUCCGACAGGUUUUACAAGGUUACCUUCUCCAACUGGCCCAUCGGCGUCAACCGCUACGAAUACGACCAGCUCAGGGCACCAGUCGGCAGGGUUUACUUCACCGGGGAGCACACCAGCGAGCACUACAAUGGCUAUGUCCAUGGAGCUUAUCUUUCAGGUAUUGAUUCGGCGGACAUUCUGAUCAACUGUGCUCAGAAGAGUAUGUGCAAAUACCACGUCCAGGGCAAGUAUGACUAA